CACUUUCGUCGGGUGAAUGAGAGACGGAGGACUUGGAGUCGCGGGAGUUGGGGCUUCUCUUGUGAACGCGAUGAGACCCAACAUCCUCGCGCCCUGUGUCGCCGCUGUCACUGUUGUCACUUUCGUCGGGUGAAUGAGAGACGGAGGACUUGGAGUCGCGGGAGUUGGGGCUUCUCUUGUGAACGUAGUGGGAUCCAACAUCCUCACGCCCCGUGUCGCCACUGUCUAUUGUGUCAGACCUUCUCUUGUGGGCAUGGGAAGAUUCAGCCUCCUCGCGCUCCUCGCGCAUCCCGCGCUCCUCACUCCCUGUGUCAUCAUUAUCAAUGUCGUCGUCAUCGUCGGCUUCGCCGCUUGCAUCAGGAUCGGCGGUCGAGUCAGAAUUAACGGACUUGUCGUCGGAAUCAGAGUCGGAAGAGUCAGAAGCGACGGACUUGUCAUCGGAAUCAGAGUCGGAAGAGUCGGAAGCGACGGACUUGUCAUCGGAAUCAGAGUCGUCAGAGUCAGAGGAGCUGGCGGGAUGGGGAAAUGGGAGGGGAGACGACGCGAGAAAACUAGGUGCACCAAAAUCAACCGAGUCAGGUGUAUCAGGCGUAUCGCCAAAGUCAACCGAGUCAGGCUCAUCAGGUGUAUCAGGUGUAUCGGGCAUCCCAAGCCUGGGUUUAAGAUGACCAAUGAGGUUGGAGGAAAGUUCCUGGCGUUUAGCCAGAGAAGUAUGUUUUUUGACCAAUUUUGGUGUCGAAUGUGACGCAGCAAUAGCAGCGAA